GUGUAUCUCACGUCCCAGGAUACGCUCUGCUGACAACUAGCACUUCCACUACGGAGCUCAACUCUUUGACAAACCAAUUUCAAUAUUUAUUUAAAGCUGUCCAUUUACUUUCGUGUUCUCGUCGUCGUCUCACGUUUCUCGACUUGCUUCCAUUUUACAGCCGACAUUUGUCUUUGACAAAAUCUUGUUUUCCCAAGGGUCGCGAAAUUAGUACAGUAGUUUCUUCAAUAAAUGAGAUCAAAGUCGUCUCAAGAUAAAACUGCUGUUACGUAAUCGCAGCAACUUAUCAUAUCCGGCAUUUGUCUCCUCAGUUUUCACCAAUUUGACGUUGACAAAUUCUAAUUAAGAUCGUCUCAAAUUGGCCCCGUCACCUGUUGCGCAUCGCCCUACUUAAAUUUUUCAAGUAUUUCGAAAAAAAUAUUUGGUAAACUCAUUACUAAAACUUAUUUUGGCAAUCGACCCCUUUUGUGUCGACACAAUUUAUUAAUCACGUCACUCAUUGACUUGUGCUGUCAUUUCGUAUCUCAUCUCAUCAUUCCUUUCCUCUAGAGACGACCAAGUUGAGACGAAAAACUGUUUUUAUUAGUAAAAAAAGCAGAGCCUCUCACUCAGCAGUGCCAAAGUUGAGACUCGAGUACAAAAUAGAUACAGAUAGGAAAAUUAAGUAAACAUUAGUUUUCCAUUUAGUGCAUGCAAAAUCAAAAUGUGAAUUUAUUUAUUUAUUCGAACAUCAAACUCUUAGCUGAGAAUUUUUGGGUUACCAAUAAAACACCCCAAGUCAUCCGUAUCACCCAAUCCAAUCUACUGAUUUAUAAGAGUGAUUGAGAAAAAGUGACAUUUUAUGGUUCCGAGAAGACCAGAAUUAACAUAGGUACAUAGAUGCAAAGAAUGUGAAUUACAAGAUCCAGUAUCAUCGCACAAAUCUCAACUUGUACUUGUACUUGAUCAACGGAUGAGAUAAGAUCAUGAUGAAGCCUGUCCUUGUCAGGGCAGUGGCCUCCUCCUCCGGAUCAAAUAUUCUCCGAGAAUCUCAAAAGUAUAAGAUAUUGGCAUUUAUCAUCUUUUUUAUCGUCGCAACGUCGUCGUCAACCUCUGCUGUGAUUUCUUCUGACUCGCAUAAUAACCCAACUCCACCUCUCUCAUCAUCCCCACCAGUCCCACAUAAUGUACAAUCAAGUAGGAAGUCUGAGGAAACUGAUAUGGCCCGGAAAUACAAAUACGGAGAAGUAAUCGAGCUUCGGGAUGGAGGAAUAUCCGACAAAAAUCCAGCUAUCCAGCUCAAAAUGCAAUCUUCCCAAAAUUCACAUCGUCAUCACAGCCUCGAGCCAAAAUUAUCGAGCCAAUAUCCGAAACGAUAUCGAGCUUUUGAAUCAUCAAAAGGUGUGAUCAGCUCAUCAUCAAGUCAAAAUCUUACCAAAUCUCAGACCAAGCUGCUUAGUCAAAUUAGUCUAUCGCCCAAACAAAGGAGGCUCAUCAGCGAGGAGACCGUGGAGAAGAAUUGGCGUCGGGGUGUGUCCCGCAUGGAGAGGAGUGCAAUGUCCAACUUUACCUAUCGGCAUACGGACUACAAGUGCAAAUGGGGAGAGGAAGACGAUCCACAGACCAAGAUUGAAAAGUAUUCCACCCUCUACGAGUACCUGACUUUCUCCGGGGCGCACAGCUUCAACGAAACAAUCACCAUCGGUUUCUUGUCCCCGUAUGUCAGAAACCCGUUCAGCUUGGGGGCAAUGCGACUCGCGGUGGAGAAAGUGAACAAAGAAGGCAUCCUCCCCGGCAGGACGUUGCAGUUUAUUGCUGCCGAUAUUGGAGAUUCCGAGUUGAUCGCAACAUCUCUGCCGAUCCGGAUGAUGACCGAGAUGAGAGACCGCGGUGCCAUUGCGUUCAUCGGUGGACCGGAAGACACUUGUCAAAGUGAAGCUCUUGUCAGCAGCGCUUGGAAUCUACCCAUGAUAUCCUACAAAUGCAGUGACCACCGCGUCUCGGAUAAAACGAUUUAUCCCACAUUUGCCAGAACGUUGCCACCCUCGUCAAAAGUGUCCAAGUCAGUCGUCGGUUUGUUGAAACACUUCAACUGGGACCAAAUCGUUCUGGUGAUGUGUCCUACAAAAAGGGAUCGUGAAUUUGGCGUGCUCGUGGAUGCUAUCACCGUACUCGCUCAAAAGCACAAUAUCAACAUAACGGACCACCACAACCUUCCAGACUACAUUCCUGAAAACUUUCCCGAGAUGGUGAAAAUUGUGGAGAAAACGUACGAAAGGACUCGAGUUUACGUAUUUAUUGGAGAACACGUCGCGCUUGUUCACUUGGUCCGGGCCAUGGCAGCUAAAGGGCUUUUCGACUUGGGAGAAUAUGUCGUCAUAUCGGUUGAUGAUAAUAGCAAUUUGACCAAGUCUUUCGAAGUUGAUUAUCUGGAUUCAUUCCUCGUUAAUGGAACAGUUGACAUGAUGCAGGCUGCGUAUCGAUCCGUGCUGAAGUUGGUACCUUCCCAUCCACAAACGAAAGAUUUUGCGGAAAUCGGACGAGUGGUUACCAAUUAUUCUGCAGCAUUUCCAUUUUGUAUCCCAUUUCAUCCCUUUAUAUCGCCAGAUGCGCAGGUCCCUGUCGAGGCAGCCUAUUUGUACGACGCGGUCAUGAUUUAUGCCAAGGCCCUAAGGGACGUCUUGGACAAAGGACAAGAUCCCCGAAACGGGAGCGCAAUUUUUGAAAAUAUUAAAAACCGACCUUAUCGCUCAAUACAGGGUUAUCAUGUGUUAAUUGACGAGAACGGCGAUGCUGAAGGGAAUUACACCGUGAUAUCAAUGUUACCCUUACUCGAGGACCAAGAUAAUACCACACCCCUUCCUCCCAGCAAUCAAUCAACGUCACCCCCACCUGCAUUCUCCGCGUGGUCCAACCUUCACCAUUCUCCUGGUUUCACCUCACGUCAAACCAGCUCCUACUACAAUUAUACGGACCCCGUGACCAACGUAACGAUCCGCAUGAGCAUGCAGCCGGUGGGAUAUUUUCAACAGGCCAUCAGUCCAUCGGGAAGUGGGGAUGACAUUGCUGUUUUCCAGUAUUUCAAUGAAUCCCGACCAAUUCAAUGGGUUGGAGGUUCCGCCCCGAGGACAGAGCCGAGAUGUGGUUUCGACAAUGAGAAAUGUGACACCAAACCGGACUGGAGGAUUGUUGUGAUCUCUUGUGUUUUCGGGUCUAUUUUCAUGGUCGCCGUCAUCUUACUCUACAAGCAUUACCGCUACGAACAAAAACUCGCUUGUCUCCUAUGGAAAAUUGAUAUGAAAGAUGUCAUCAUCAUACCCAUGGGUCCACUCGAGCCAAUCAGUGGAACAAAGAGCACGGUUGCCCUGUGUCGUCAACUUUUGGGAGCUGCCGUGGAUGCAGAUGCCCCAUUGGAACUGGCCUGCAAAAAGGCCUACACCAGGAUCGGGUUCUACAAAGGGAUGGUCGUCGCGAUAAAACCCAUUUACAAGAAAAAUAUUGAUCUCACGAGGAAUAUUCGAAAGGAGUUAAAACAGAUCCGUGAACUUCGGCACGAAAACAUAAUCCCAUUUAUAGGUGCGAGUGUGGAUCACGCGAAUAUUUGCAUUCUCACUGCAUACUCGGCCCGUGGAAGUUUGGAGGAUGUGCUGCAAAACGAAGAUCUCCAUUUGGACAAGAUGUUUCUGGCCUCCCUUGUAUUCGAUCUGAUUAAGGGGAUGAUUUAUCUCCACGAUAGUGAAAUCAUGUCACACGGGAAUCUGAAGUCAUCUAAUUGCUUGGUCGACUCGAGAUGGGUCCUACAAAUCUCAGACUUUGGCUUGAAUGAGUUCAAAGCUGGACAAGACGUAAGGCGAGAUAUCGGCUCCAGAAUCCGAGAGGAGCGGAAGUUACUCUGGAGAGCCCCGGAACUGUUGCGUGAUCUGUCCAGCUCUACGUCCAGGGGGACGCAGAAAGGUGAUGUCUACUCCUUCGGGAUAAUUCUGUACGAGUUGGUUGGCAGGGGUGGACCAUGGGGAAAAACCGGGCUGACAGUCUCAGAAAUAAUCGAGAAAGUGGGUCAUCCCAAAGAUAACGUGUAUCUUCGGCCACCAACUCAGCAACUCGAUGUGAGCGACACGGUUUUAAAAUGUAUGUUGGCGUGUUGGGAGGAAGAUCCCGAGUCCCGACCGGACUUUAGGUUUAUACGCGUCCGACUUAAGGAAAUGCAAACUGGACUAAAGCCCAACAUUUUUGACAAUAUGCUCUCUAUCAUGGAGAAGUACGCUUGCAACUUGGAAGAUUUAGUCCAGGAGAGAACGACGCAACUUAUCCAAGAAAAAACCAAGACUGAUGCUUUACUCCACCGAAUGCUUCCAAAGUCAGUGGCAGAGUCGCUGAAAAGAGGGGCACCCGUGGAAGCAGAAAGUUUUGACUAUGUGACAAUUUACUUCUCUGACGUAGUUGGAUUUACGAAAUUAUCUGCGGAAAGUACGCCCAUGCAGGUGGUUGAAUUGCUGAAUGAUCUUUACACCUGCUUUGACUCAAUUAUUUCGAAUUAUGACGUCUACAAGGUUGAGACGAUUGGUGAUGCGUAUAUGGUGGUUAGUGGGUUACCAAUCCGAAAUGGGAAUCAACACGCUGGCGAAGUAGCAUCCAUGUCUUUGCACUUAUUAGAUCGCAUUCGCAAUUUCGAAAUACAGCAUCGACCAGGAGAACGACUCAAACUAAGGAUUGGGAUCCACUCUGGUCCCGUCGUUGCUGGCGUCGUGGGGCUUAAAAUGCCUCGCUAUUGUCUGUUUGGGGACACUGUUAAUACCGCAUCGAGAAUGGAGAGUUCCGGUGAGGCGUUAAAAAUCCACAUUUCCGAAGUUACCAAAAACGUAUUGGAGGCGUUGGGAGGAUAUUAUUACACCGAGAGAGGGAUUAUACCAAUCAAGGGUAAAGGAGAAAUGCGAACGUAUUGGUUGACCGGAGAAGAUCCUUCAAAAUCCAGGAGGAAUUCCACCGAAGCGGAAGAAUCCGCUGCGACUAAUCUCCUUCUACGCAACAAUAAUUGCACGGAAUGCAUCUGUGAAUGUGAAAGUGGUCAGAGGGGUGAACCAGAGCAAAAUAUAUGUCCCAACAAAUGCUUGGCACUGGACGUGAACGGCGUUGCGGUUGGAGAUCAGCCAAACCAACUCAUAAACAUGCGACUUUUCAAACCUACUACGUGGUUGUUGGCAGAAUGCAACAAUGGAAAACUGGAUCACAUUGGCGGAGGCGUAAACAAGAAAACUAUUGGAAUCGGAGGACGGUAUGUGAGCUGUUCCAACGUGUUUCAAGAAUGCAAGGCGAGCAUUAUUAAGGAACUCAAGAAAACUGGAACCUCUCAUCCGUCAAAUAGGUUCCGAUCUGCUCCAAUAAUCACUUUCAUCGACACCUCCUCCAACCCAUUCACGGGAACACCGGGAGGUUUUCCAUACGAGGAACCAAAGUUUGUUUAAAAUCCCAUCAACAAAACAACAACGAUCUGCCAAGAAAAAUAUGGAGCAGACGGAAAGAAAGCGGUGCAUACUAUUUUGCAUAGAAAGUAAUAUUGGUUUGGCAUUUGGUGUCUCAUGACAUGAAUUUUUGUUGAUUCUACACAAACCAUUUAAAAAUAUUCUCUCUCAAUGUCUCAAACUUUAUAUUUAAUUAUUUACAAAAUGCAACAAACCGAAUCCGAAUUCCACAUUUUACUAUGCGACUGAUGCAUACUGUGAGUAAAAUGUAGUUACAAACUUAUGUAGUUAGAUAAAAUUGUUGUAGGAAAUAGUGGAAAUUAUAUAUUUUAGAAGAUACAUAUUGAUAUUGAUAUUAAUUAUCGUAACGUUGUUUUUGAACAAAUGUGAAGCAUGUACCUUGUCGUGGGUGAAAGUUGAUGUAAUAUUUACUAUAUAUGGUCGUUCGUACCUUCUCAAUGUGAUUAUUCAAGUAUUAUAUGAAAACUGGUACAAUUGUUAAAUUAAACUAUUGUGUAAAAAACACUGAAAAAAUAUUUGUGGAUAUUAUGAAAUACAUGUAUUACAUACAACAAUUGUAAAUUUGUAGUAGAGUAGAAGUAUUCAAUAUUAUUCGUAAUUUCUUGUGUAACAUGUGCAUAUAAUAAAAAAUCGUUUAAAAAUUGAA